UCAUCUUUCACCAUAUUCUUUCACUCUCAGGUACCUUCCUCUUCCUCUCUCGACUCUAUGAGGUCUAGACAUUGCUAAUGCUGAUUUCAUCCUUUAUUAAUUACGGACAGGAAAACAGGAGUUGAAGAUGUAAUGCUCAAGGUCUUGUAUUGUGUAGUAGACCACACUGAUCCUCAUCAGAUGAGAAGUGAGAUUCAGUCCUCCAACUACCCUUUGGUCCCCGGGUAGACACCUUUCCCAAACUCGGUACAUUUUUGUUAAUCCCAUACAUCUAAAACACAAGUACUAACUUCUUUAGUACGAUGAUCUCUUUUCUUACUGUUUCAAAGGCAUGAAGUGGUGGGUGAGGUUGUGGAGCUAGGGACAGAAGUAAAGUAAGUUCAAUCUUGGAGACAAGGUAGGAGUUGGGUGCAUAGUUGGCUCUUGUGGGGAGUGCUUACCUUGCAAAUUCAACUGUGAACAAUAUUGCAGCGGCAGAAUUUUUACUCACGGUGGUAUCGACAAAGACGGAACACCCACACAAGGAGGCUUCUCUUCCCCCAUGGUUGUUCAUCGAAAAUUUGUUGGGAAGAUACCUGAAAAACUUGAGCCAAAGCAGGCAGCACCAUUGUUGUGCGCUGGGGUAACAGCUUACAGUGCGUUAAAGCAAUUCAAAAACCCUGACAAGGUCAUCAAGGCAGGAAUUUUGGGUUUAGGGGGAGUUGGUCCUCUGGGAGUGCUGAUAGCUAAGGCCAUGGGGCAUCACGUCACCGUGAUCAGUUCUUCGGAAAAGAAGAGAAUGGAGGCUUUGGAGCAUUUACGUGCAGAUGCUUUUCUAGUGAGCUCUGAUGCAGCAGAGAUGUAGGGAGCAGCAGACAGCCUCGAUUAUGUUCUCGACACUGUUCCAGCUAUGCACCCUCUGCAACCCGUUAUAUCACUUCUCAAAUUUGGAGGGCAGCUGAUUUUGGUAGGGGUUGUCACAAAACCUCUUGCCUUUGAUUCAGAGGACUUGCUUCUAGAUAGACGUUUUCUUUAUUUCUUUUUCUUAUUUUCUCUAUUCAUACAUACUCGACUGACAUUCUAGUUGGCUAAAUUAAUUUUUCCCCUUAUUUUUGCUCCGUAAAAAGCCAAACCUUUCAUUAUUGGUGAGAAACUACGACAUCAUGUCAGGCAACCUCCAAAGGUUUAUUGUUUAUUGGUAAAAUAGCAAUAACCAUAUGAUUUUCUUGCAACGCAGGGAAGAAGACGGUAACUGGGAGUUUCCUAGGAAGCAUGGAGGAGACGCAGGAAGUACUGGAUUUCUGGGCAGAGAAGAAAUUGAAUUCCAUGAUUGAAGUCGUGAAGAUGGAUUACGUGAACAAGGCAUUCGAACGAAUGGUAAGGAAUGAUGUGAGGUACAGUUUUGUGUUGGAUAUCGCUGGCAGCAAUCUCGAAUGAUUCAGGGA